AUCACCCGCCAGUCAGCCGGCGGCGACCUUGUUCGCGGUCCCGCGUUCCGGCGCUCAGCGGGCCAAUCCUCGCUCGGCGCGAUCAGUAACUCGCCGUCUCGCUCCUCUGUGGUUUCGGGGCUCAACGACCGCCGAGCGCAGUCGGCAGACAACACUACGACGACGUCAAAAAUUAAUCGACGGUAGUCGUUGUUGACUCGUCGUCGUCGGCGGUUUUGCGACUCGUUUCCGGGUCGUUUUUCGCGUUCGCGACAAUAUAGGUUAUCGAUUUGGCGUUCGCCCACGCGCACUCUUAUGCCCACCGCCGCUCGGUCGGUUCGGUUCGUAACUGUUAAUUCGUUCUCCGCGACCGCGUAAUCUCGAUCGUAUUUUUUUUCCUGAUCCCCGUUUCCUGACUAUUACCCGUGAUCCCGCACAGGAAGUAGGUACCUAUUAUUUUAAUUAAUUAUUUACGAUCCCGUCAAUCGAGAUAUUAACGCGGUCCGCGGUCCCGACGAGUGCCCGAAGACCGUUAUUUUAUCGCCGAGUGAUAAGUUCUUUCGUUACACUCGAAUUGUACUCGCCUAUUCUACCGUCGGUUUUCCUCAUUCGUUAUUAUGUGGUCGAAAAUAUUUAAAGCCAGUAAACAUGGACUUGUCCGCGGUGUGGCCAUAUACUCGAUCACCUGGCCGGUGAGCAGCUUGAUACAACAGACUUUAGAUCCGUCUGGCAACAAAACCAUUGAUUUACAACGAGCAGCAAAGUUUAGUAUGUAUGGUGGACUCUUUGUAGCACCCACUUUGUAUGCGUGGAUGAGAUUUGCCAGUUACGUUUGGCCUUCAAUGACAAUCACUAGUCAUAUAACUAAGGCAGUUGUUGAACAAUUUUCAUAUGGUCCAUUUGCAAUGGCUAGUUUUUUUUUUUUCAUGACACUUUUGGAUGGAGGUACAAUAGAAGAUGCUAAAAUGGAAGUUAAAGAAAAAUUUUUCUCUACCUGGAAGAUAGCUGUAAUGGUUUGGCCAGUAUUACAAACAAUAAAUUAUUGUGUAAUUCCUCCAAGAAAUCGUUUGAUAUUUGUCAGUUUUGCUGGAUUGAUAUGGACCACAUUUUUAGCUUACAUUAAGUAUGAAAAGAAUAGACCUAUACCGAUAGCUGAUAAAAAAACUGAUUGAUAAUUUGUGAUUUGUAUUUAUUUGACUGUUAUGUAACUAUUUUUUUGAUAUUCUUUGUUAUUAUUGAUUGUUAUUGUUAUUAGCUCUUUAAAUUAUUGUUGCCAAAUAUUAUACCUGCUUAAAUAUAAUUUAUGUCUUGACUUUGAUUAGUGGUGUAUUUACAAGAUAGAGGUAAUGUCAUACAUUCCACAGAAUCAAUAAUAAUUUAUAUGUAAGUAUUUUUAAAUAUCUGAUAUUUAUAUUUUGGCCAACUUGAACCAUUUCGUUAUAACUAAUUCCUUUACCUUUACUUUACCUUCAAGAAACAUUGUAAAUACACCAUAUAAAUAAUAUGAUAUUUUAAACAACUUGUGACAUUUGUAUUUUGAAAAGUUGCAAUACAUUUAAUAUGUUGGAAAAUUCUUACUUUUGUUAUUUGACAACACUAGUCAAAAAAAUUGUUAUUUAGUAAAUUAAAUAAUUUAUAUAAAUACAAUAAUUUAUUGAAUGUUAUAUUAUUAUGUUUAAUUGAGGGUUUUCAGUAAAUGGUAUGACGUUAAAAUUUCAAAAUGUUUAUAAUCCAUCUUAUAUGAAAAAUGUUCUUAAUUGUUUGAAUUUAAAUUGUUUUUGUAUUACCAUUAUUGUACUGAUAGAAAUGUAUAUUGGUGAAAUUUUAUUAAUUUUAAUUUUACGUACUGUAUUUAUUUAUGUGUAUUAUGUAUUAUAUAUAAUUGUUUAUAUUUUCCAAUUACAUGGUCAGUAUAUCUGAUAAACCUAAAUAAUAUUACCAUUCCAUUAUAAUUAAAUUGUUCGUAACAAUAAUAGAUUAAUAAAUACAAAUGUAUACUAAUGUUAAUAUUAUAUAUUUUAUUUUGAUGAUUUGAUAGCCAUGUUUAAUGGAAAAAGGGAUAUUUAUGAUUGGCUAAUCAGUUUUUGUAAAAAUAAAAGUCUUAAUAAAAAUAUAAUAUAAUGACUUUAGCCUAUAAUGAGUGAUUAAAUAUAUAUAUAUAAUAUAUAUACAUAAUAUGUGUAUAUAUUUUUAAAAUUUUUAGUGUUGUAUACUAAGAUUGCAUAUUAUUAUAUAAUGUUUUUAUAUUACUGUAAUGUGGAUAAGUUAAUAAUUUUAAUUAAUGUUAUUUUUAUAAUACGGUUAAUACAAGGGAGAAAUACCAAUUACUAACUAAUAUUACAAGAAACGUGAUCCAUAGUUAAAAGCUGAUUUACCUCUACUAUUUUUAUAAAUAUUAAGUUUGGGUAAUAAAUAUAUUAUUUAUUGAUA